GAGCGAGCAAAUUCAUUCAUCAGCUGUUCGAGACAUUUUGUUUGAACGACGCCCGACCAUGACGCUCACACCGGGCCACCCCAGCAUAUUUACCCCCUAAAAGUUUACCUUUUCCCCUUCAUUACCCCUAUCUUCCCCCACCCCUACCCCGCCCAGAUUUCAGACGCUGACGUACGGGGUACGUCGUCACCUGUAAUCAUCAGCAUGUGGCGUUAUUGAUUCGUCGUGUGAACACAUGGUUGGCAAAAUCAACUGCGAUCGCGAAUCCUGGAUCGUUUGCUGUUGAGUGAAUGCCACGUACCUAGUUUUGCCCUUCUGAUGUAGAGUUUUCAAGAUGAAGGACAAACUAACAUUUUUCGGACUAGUCGUCACAUAUUUAUUUAGAAUAUGCUCAAGUUUUGAAAUUGAUAUGACUGUUCUUGUACCAGCUGGUAGACGAGAAUGUUUCUAUCAGUCCAUCAAGGCAAAACAAACUUUAGACUUCGAAUUUCAGGUUAUUGAAGGUGGUGACCUUGAUAUCAACUUUAUCAUUAGAUCACCAAGUAACAAGGCACUGGCAACAGAAGCAAGGAAAGCUGAAGGCAUAUAUACGAGGACAACACAAGAAAGUGGGGAUUAUUUAUUUUGUUUUGAUAACACUUUUAGCCGAGUGUCUUCAAAGACCGUAUUCUUUGAUCUGGCUUUGGAUUAUGAUGAUGAUGAAGCAGCAUUAGUUCAUCCAAAGACUCAGUGGUUUGAGGCUGGUGCUGAGGUGCUUGAGGUCCGAAUAGAAGAUAUGCAGACAUCUUUGGACAUUGUACAAGAUAACAUAAAAAAGGCCCAGCAGCAUCAGCGAGUGUGGCGAAAUGUUGAAUUCCGCGACAGAUACGUCGCAGAAAGAAACUAUGAACGUGUCUCCUUCUGGUCGUUUGUGUCCACCAUUGUGAUGGUCUUGACGUUUUUCAUCCAGGUUGUGAUGAUCAGAUACCUAUUUAGUGAUAAUAGAAAAAUCACAAUGAAGACAUGAGCAAGGUAUCAACACCCAAUCAGCUGGGUAGUGAAGCACACAACAUCACCACAUAAAAUAUCUAAAUUUACUCACAUUAUGAUAGAUAGCCGUCCAAGGACUGAUCUACCUUAUCCGCCCAACACAUAAUUACAUCAUUCAUUGUUUACCGCACCACAUCAUCAGUGAAAAGUAGAAUCCUUGUGUAAUAUUCACAAUUGGUAUCUCCAGCUGGUUCCUCAGAAAUAUCAUUCUCUAUAGUCGUUGAAUGUCAUUUCAAAAAGCUAUUCUGAUACCCUUCUGUUUGCACCUAAGUAACUUUUGUAACCAAUAUAAACAAAACAAUACCAACAUGUCUUCCUUGCCUAGUCUAUACUGUGGUAAAAUAUUAUAUGUUAUUAAUGAUAUAUUUCCUAUAAAAGUGCCUUAAUAGUUAACAUGUUUAGAAACUAUCAAUGCUUGAUAAACUCGUGUGAGCUUGCGUGUAAUGACCAAUUUACAAAGAUCGUGGCUUCAAUCAAACGAUUGUUCCAUUUAUGUGGCACCAUUCCAACAGUCGUUGCUUGUGGUGCCGUUCAAAAAAGAGAUAAAAAAGUGCAUCUUGAGUAGUGACUGAAAACUGUCAGGUGAAGGUGAAUGUUACAUGCUCAGUAGGAAGUUUUUUCCAGAGCCUUGGUCUCGAAGUGCUGUAAGCCUAAUCUCCCUAGCUAUGUUUGCAGCAUGUGUCAUAAUGAUGUCAAAAUAAUUCUAUGUUGCACAAUGAUUUUCACAGUGUAACACAAAUGUUAAGACAUAUUCCAAUGAUCAAUGCCCAUCAGUUUGUUUUGCUGUCUGCGUGCUUAGCGAAGGACAUCUGGAGUCAGUUGUUAUGUGAAAAUAGAAAGCAGUACUGGUAUGGGCAAUUUAUAGUGCACCUCUUCCUUGAGGUUAUAAAGCACUGUUCUUUUCCCUGGUCAUUGGGCCCACAUGCUUUGUGUUGCUGCUGCAAAUCAGUGCAGGAGCAGGCAACCCCACCAGGUACCAAUUUUUACUCCUAGGUGGAGAGAAGCAAUGCACAUAAAGUACCUUGUUCAAGGACACAAGCUAAAUGCACAGCGAGGGAUUGAAACCUAGACCCUGAGUUUGGGAAACCAAACCGUUCCCGCUGCGCCAAACAGCCUCCACGUGCCAAACCUCCCUUCAUAUUCUUUUGUUGCCACUCUGUAAACGUGCCUCAAAUCUGUUUACAAACCAUUCCAAAUGUCAGUGUGUGUGUGGCUCUUGGAAACAAAUAUAGGUACAGUACAAGAAUUUCACUUUAAACAAUUUAUAUUUAAUUUCCAAAGAAUUUAAGAAAAUUAUGUUGUGGCUUAUAUUAUAUUGUUUAUUAAAUUUUAUAGCUUUGUGUGCGUUGUUAUGAAAAUGUUUUUCUGUCUUUAGAAUUAGUAAAUAUGGUUUUGCCAAGAAUUAUCGAUGUUAAACAAACAUACUUUACUGAACUAUGAUUAUAGAUAAACAUGUCUGUAUUGAAAAUUAACAAAAAUAUAGAGUAGCUAAAUGAAUGGAAAAUAUUUGUGUUUACCAAAAGCUUUAUCUCAAGUUUAGCAAUAAACUUCCAUCUGUUUGUUAACAUGUACAGUCUUUCAUGUUGAUUAAUGUUAACCGCUAAUGUAUAUUUUUUGAAUGGGAAACCCUCAUUUGUGUUUUGUGUGCUUGUUCAUUGUGGAUGUACACUGCACUGUAGUAAUGUUGCUAUACUGGUCAUUUAGUAUGACUUAUCUUCGUAGACUGGAAGAAAAACUAAUUCCCAUUUUACUUGUGUGUUUCUAAGGUAAAGAGUUUUGUCCAUAUUUGUCUUGAAUUUGAAGUGGUGUUAAAAGUGCAGUUCUCAAUCUGUAAAGUGGCACUUGCAUUAAUAAACAUUACAUAUUUAUUCACUCAUUCACAUACAAACUAAGUAUUGCAAUACUGCAUUGAGGGUCAGAAUAUACUAGGACUGUUAGACUUUACUAUAUAAUCUUAAUACCGGUAACUAAACUCGCCGGACACCAUCCUGGUAUUUCUGAGUCUAGUAUUUGAGGGCCAAAAUAAACAAGGUUUGUUUGACAAACUGUGAACCACUAUUCCUUGCCGGAGACAUGCUGUAAUCAUUGAGAGUGUAAUAGUGAUCAAUUUGCCAGAAUAUACUUAAUUCAUGUUUUUUUUGUCAGAGUGAAACUCUUGAUUUUUAAUACUAUUUUUAGCUGUUUAUAUUUUUUUAUGAACAAACUUUUCUUGAAAUAAUGCAUUUUUUGAUGGACAUAGGCUGAAAUACAUACAUUCAAUUUAUUAAUUUACUCAUUAAUUAAGUUACUAACUUCCAAUGAGACAGAACAAACUGGUUUUUUUUGCUGAUUUACAGAUAUUCACUACAAGAACAAACAUUAAUCAUUUGUAAUGUAAUCUGUUAGUUUCUGAAGACAGAUGAGUUGACAAUAAAACAUGGCAUUAAGAAUUAUGCCACUAUAUUGUCUAUUAAUUUGUGAGGUAAAGAUUUUUUUGUUCUUUUUUCAGUUGAAAGCUAAUAAUUUUUAAAUGUUUAUUUGCUCAGAACCACUAGUGUACGUUUAACAUCUUUCAAUAAUUAGGAAUUUUAUUUAAUGUCUACAGUAAUUGUUCUCUCGUAUUUAAAUGACAGAUCAAUGAAAUAAACUUCACACAAAAUGACAA